UCAGGAGGUAGUUAUUGUGAGUGCUGUCCGGACACCAAUAGGAUCUUUCCAGAGUUCCCUUUUCUCACUGCCAGCCACUAACCUUGGUUCCAUUGCAAUUAAAGGAGCAAUAGAAAAAGCAGGCAUCCCUUCUCAAGAAGUGAAAGAAGUAUACAUGGGAAAUGUUAUCCAAGCUGGAGAAGGACAGGCUCCUGCAAGACAAGCGACCCUUGGUGCCGGCUUACCAGUUUCUACUCCUUGCACAACUGUUAACAAAGUUUGUGCUUCUGGAAUGAAAUCCAUUAUGAUGGCAGCCCAGAGCUUGAUGUGUGGAAGUCAGGAUGUGAUGGUGGCUGGUGGGAUGGAAAGCAUGUCAAAUGUCCCCUACACCAUGACCAGAGGAACAACACCUUAUGGAGGAGUAAAGCUUGAAGAUUUGAUUGUCAAAGAUGGCUUGACAGAUGUUUACAACAAGAUCCACAUGGGUAAUUGUGCUGAGAAUACUGCUAAGAAAUUUUCUAUAUCGCGGGAAGAUCAAGAUAAUUAUGCUAUAAAAUCCUAUACCAAAAGCAAGGAAGGUUGGGAAUCUGGAAUAUUUGCAAAGGAAAUUGUGCCUGUUACUAUUUCUCAAAAAGGGAAACCAGACACAGAGGUUAAAGAAGAUGAGGAAUAUAAGCGUGUUGACUUUAGUAAAGUUCCAAAGUUGAAGGCGGUUUUCCAAAAAGAAAAUGGAACAGUCACUGCUGCCAAUGCUAGUACUCUGAACGAUGGAGCAGCUGCUUUGGUACUGAUGACUUCAGAAGCGGCCAAAAGACUAAAUGUGAAGCCAUUGGCUAGAAUAGUAGGUUUUGCAGAUGCUGCUGUUGAUCCUAUUGAUUUUCCCAUUGCGCCAGCACAUGCUGUUCCUAAGAUACUUGCUCAGACAGGACUCAAAAAGGAAGAUAUUAAAAUGUGGGAAAUCAAUGAAGCAUUCAGUGUUGUUGUCCUAGCUAACAUUAAAAUGCUAGACAUUGACCCACAGAAGGUAAAUAUUCACGGAGGAGCAGUUUCUUUGGGACACCCGAUUGGGAUGUCUGGUGCAAGAAUAGUUGUUCACAUGGCUCAUGCCCUAAAACAAGGAGAACAUGGCCUUGCUGGGAUUUGCAAUGGUGGUGGUGGGGCCUCUGCAAUAUUGAUCCAGAAGUUAUAGGUUCUGCUCUCAAGUUCUAAGGCCCAAUUUAUGAAUAGCUGUUACAACCAUGAUUGGAACUGCAGUAUAAAGGAUUAGUUUCAGUCUGCCAUUGUUAAACAAAAUUAUGUCUUUUUAUUAUAGCAUGUUUUCAUGCAAAAUGUUUUUUAUAUCUUGGACUAUAAAACAUGUUAAUUAUUACCCAAUGCAGCAGCUAUCAUAACUACUUUAGAUACAUUUGUCCCACUCUCGUCACUGAAUUGUAGACAUUUUUUUGCUCUUCUCCCUUAGCCUCCUAGAAUGAGGGUAGUGGGUUGUACCAUGCGUAACUUUGCCCAAAAAACAACUGCUUGGUUGGAGGAAGAUAGUAUAGAAGUACCACCGGAUUAUGUUUCCACAAUUGGUAGAAAUAAACAAAAAAGAGCUAUUGAAUAAAUAUUUACCGUAUAACAAUAA